AUGAUUUCUCUAGCAUACCUUGAUAUCUCUCAUAGUCAACUACACGGUUCAAUUCCAGACAUAUUUGGGAAUAUGGCUUCUCUUGAACGGCUCGAUCUCAGUGCUAAUAAACUUGAAGGUGAGAUUCCAAAAUCCUUGAGCAAUUUGUGUCGUUUACAAGGAUUAUCCUUGGGAUACAACAAUCUCAGUGGGCAGCUUCCACAAGUCUUAGACUUGCUGGCUUGCGCAAAUGACACAUUAGAUACUUUGUUUUUAACUGAUAACCAGUUUGCAGGAUCAUUUCCUGAUUUCAUUGGAUUUUCAUCAUUGAAAGAGUUGGAACUUGAUCAUAAUCAGAUAAAUGGAACUUUGCCUAAAAGUAUUGGACAGCUUACCAAACUUGAAGCGUUGAUUAUUGGUUCAAAUUCAUUGCAAGGGGUCAUCUCUGAAGCUCAUCUCCUUCAUCUAUCCCGGUUGUCCUAUUUAGACUUAUCUUCCAACUCUUUCAAUUUCAACAUGAGCUCUGAGUGGGUUCCUCCUUUUCAGCUGAUUUUUCUACAAUUAACCUCCUGCCAAUUGGGACCUCGUUUUCCUAGUUGGCUUCGAACUCAAAAGCAGUUGCAAAGCCUUGAUAUCUCCACUUCUGACAUUUCAGAUGUCAUCCCACACUGGUUUUGGAAUCUAACUUCCCUUAUUUAUUUCUUUAAUAUUUCCAACAAUCAGAUCACAGGGACCUUACCCAAUUUAUCAUCCAAAUUUGAUCAGCCUCUUUACAUAGAUAUGAGCUCAAAUCAUUUGGAGGGUUCAAUACCACAACUUCCUUCUGGCUUGUCAUGGUUGGAUCUCUCCAAUAACAAGUUUUCAGGCUCCAUUACUUUAUUGUGUACAGUUGCUAAUUCAUAUCUGGCCUAUCUUGACCUCUCAAACAACUUAUUAUCGGGAGAGCUGCCCAAUUGUUGGCCACAAUGGAAGAGCUUGACAGUUCUGAAUUUGGAAAAUAAUCAAUUUUCUAGGAAAAUUCCAGAAUCAUUUGGCUCCUUGCAAUUGAUUCAAACACUGCAUUUACGCAACAAAAAUUUGAUCGGAGAAUUGCCUUCAUCUUUAAAAAAGUGCAAAAGUUUGAGCUUUAUUGAUUUGGCAAAAAAUAGGUUAUCUGGAGAAAUACCCCCAUGGAUAGGAGGAAACCUUCCAAAUCUGAUGGUUCUAAACCUACAAUCUAAUAAAUUCAGUGGAAGUAUAAGUCCAGAGGUAUGUCAAUUGAAAAAAAUUCAAAUAUUGGACCUCUCUGAUAACAAUAUGUCGGGUACUAUACCAAGAUGUCUUAGCAAUUUCACUGCCAUGACUAAGAAAGAGAGUUUGACCAUUACUUAUAAUUUUUCAAUGAGUUAUCAACAUUGGUCCUAUGUUGAUAAGGAAUUCGUUAAAUGGAAAGGAAGAGAAUUUGAGUUUAAGAAUACUCUUGGACUAGUAAAGAGUAUUGAUCUUUCAAGCAACAAGCUAACGGGGGAGAUUCCAAAAGAAGUAACUGAUCUUCUAGAAUUGGUUUCAUUGAACUUUUCAAGAAACAAUUUGACUGGAUUAAUCCCUAUAACAAUAGGUCAAUUGAAAUCAUUAGACAUUCUUGAUUUGUCUCAAAAUCAGCUUAUUGGUGAAAUUCCAUCUAGCCUUUCAGAAAUAGAUCGUUUGAGUACCUUAGACCUCUCUAACAACAACUUGUCUGGUAUGAUUCCACAAGGUACUCAACUUCAAAGCUUCAAUACUUUUUCUUAUGAGGGAAAUCCUACACUUUGUGGACCGCCUCUUUUGAAAAAGUGCCCAAGAGAUAAAGCAGAAGGAGCUCCCAAUGUUUAUAGCGAUGAAGACGACAUUCAACAAGAUGGAAAUGACAUGUGGUUUUAUGUUAGCAUUGCUCUUGGAUUCAUUGUUGGAUUUUGGGGAGUGUGUGGAACUCUACUACUCAACAAUUCAUGGAGACAUGCAUAUUUCUGAUUUUUGAAUAAAAUAAAAGAUUGGCUCUAUGUGACUACAACAAUAAAUAUGGCUAGAUUACGGAGGAGUCUUCAAAGUUAAAUGGGAUUCGACAGCCUUUCAUCUCAUAUUUUAGCAUGUUGUGGAGUAUUAUCAAACGUGGAAUAAAUGGAUGCUUGAAUCCCAGUAACUAUGUCCUCUUAACUUGUCAUCCUAUGAUUGACAUUGGAGUGUAAUAAGUUUCUUACUUUAUUUUGAUGAUUGCAUAUAUGCUUAAUAUGCUUCUUUUAUCUUUUGUUUAGAGAUUGUGAGAAUAUCAACUUAUUCUUCCUUACAUAUAAUGUUUUUUUAUGUUUUAGAACUCA